AUGACAGCCAGUAAUGAAAGUGGCAUUUGUGGUUUUCUCUGGUUGACUUGUUCUCAACUUGUGUCAUGUGGAUCUUUUAAUCAUAUUUGUUAUCAGCCUAAUCAUAUUUGCGUUCAUCAUUCUCGAUGUUUUGUUCAUCCCGUUUGUUAUCCAUUGUCAAUGAUGGAUCAAGCAAUUUGUCCACCGAAAACAAGUCCAUCGAGACCUGGUGAUGGCAUUUGCAUAAAUGCAACAUGGACUCAAAAUGCUACGACUGUUGCUGGUGGCAAUGGUAUUGGAUCUUCACUCAGUCAGUUGUAUGAUCCCUUUGGAUUUUUUGUUGAUGAGAAUGGAAGUAUUUAUGUGGUAGAUACAUUGAAUUAUCGAAUAGUCAAAUGGGAUUGUGGCGUUUCAAGUGGUCAACUAGUUGCCGGUGGAAAUGGAUUAGGAGACCAGAAUGAUCAAUUCAAUGAACCAUCCGAUAUUAUUGUUGAUAAGGAUGGAACAAUGUACAUUAGUGAUUAUAAUAACGAGCGUAUUCAGCGAUGGGUUCGAGGUGCUCAAAAUGGAGAAACAAUUCUUAGAAAUAUUUCUGCCAUUGGCAUAGCACAAGAUGAUCAAAGAUCAUUGUAUACAUCUGACUGGGUAAAAAGCGAAGUGAGAAAAUGGCGUGUUAAUGAGACUGUUGGACAACUGAUUACUUCAAAUCUUUCGAGUCCCCGUUCGCUAUUCGUCGAUCGAAAUCGAUCUGUUUACGUAGGAGAUACAGGUAAUAACCGAGUAAUAAAAGUCGAUGAUAAAACAGCAGAAGUCACGAUUGUUGCUGGCGGAUCUUUUGGAGAUGGCGCACACCAAUUAAAUGAACCAGAAGGCAUUUUUGUCGAUGAAUUGGGGACUAUUUAUGUGGCUGAUACUAGAAAUCACCGAAUAAUGCGAUGGUCACGUGGAGCUACAUCCGGCAGUGUUAUCGCUGGUGGUCGUGGUGAAGGUUCUCAAUCUGAUCAACUUUUUUUUCCUACUGAUUUGUCAUUCGAUCUUGAUCGAAAUCUCUAUGUAGUCGAUAAUGCGAAUAAUCGUGUGCAAAAAUUUCUCAUUGAUAAGAAUUUGUGUUGA